AUGCUUGUGUCCGUUAGGUCACACUCUCGUCCUCGCCAUUCUCCCUAUUCAAAUCGAUGGAGACGGGUGAAGAAGGACAGACAAAUACUCCCUCGCGUACCUGAAGAGAAGUACCUCAAUCCGCUCAUUAAGGGCCUCAGCUUAGACCUCGCGGAUCUCCUACAUACCCCGGUAUGGUCCAGGCAUCACGUUUCCAUCCCCGCAGUUGAUGCUCCUACACGAUACGGUCAAUUCGGCGGACAGUUUGCUCCAGAGCUCCAGAUGGGCCUCCUCCUCGACCUCCCCAGCGUAUUCCACAGCAUCCUUUCAGAUGACAUCUUCUGGGAAGACUUCCUCGCCUGUCCACUCAUUCGCCCCAGCCCUCUCCAUUACGCCCAUAACUUGACACAGGCUGUUGGCGGCGCCAACAUCUGGCUUAAACGCGAGGAUCUCAAUCCAUUCGGCAGUUACCAAGCUCGUAACAUCGUUGGUCAGAUCCUCUUUGCCCAUCACAUCGGGAAAACAGAGAUCGCCAUGGACUGCGGGUUUGCAGGACACGGCCUCGUUUGCGCCACCAUGUGCGCACGCAUAGGGAUGAAAUGUACAAUCCUAAUGGGCGUCUCCGACAUCGCCGCACAGCCCGACGCCAUUGAGAAAAUGGAAAGACUCGGCGCGACCGUUAUCAGCGCGCAAGGCUCCAGCCUAUGUAACAGCAUGGACAAGGGCAGUCUCCGAGCCGCCACCAAUGAAGCCCUUCGUUACUCCCUCUCCCAUCUCGACUCUACCUACCACAUCACCAGCGGCACCAUCGGCCCGCAUCCACUCCCAGGUAUCACACGGACCUUCCAGUCCCUGCUUGGUCAAGAGAUCAAGAACUGCCUCUCCAGAAUGACUGGCCGAGAAGGCAACGGACCCCCAGCAGAUGCGCUCAUCUCCCCCAUGGGUUCAUCCGGCUCUGCAGCACUCGGCAUGUUCGCGCCUUUCAUCGACGACCCAAGUGUACGUCUCAUCGGCGUCGAAGCUGCAGGUGCUGCCCCGCUAACCCAUGGCUCUGUGGGUGUUAUGUACGGCUGUAAGACCCUCCUCUUGCAGGACGACAAUGGCCAGAUCCUACCAUCGCACUCCAUAGCUCCGGAUUUGAAUUUCCCCUGUGCCGGGCCGGAGCUGGCGCAUUGGAAGGAUAUAGGGCGUUUGGAGACGGUUACGGCUUCUAAUGAGGAGGCAGUGCAGGGUCUGCGUGUGUUGUGUGAACAGGAGGGGAUUGUGUCUAGCUUGGCGACGGGCCAUGCGGUUUUAGAGACGGUGAGGGUUGCUAGGGAGUUGGGGAUGGGCAAGGAUGUUGUUUUACUUGUUUCAGGCUGA